AACAAAAAUGAGGCAUGUGUCUGUCACAACCAGUUCAACUCAGAAACUGCUGAAAGGAGCAUUAGUGAGAGAGGUGCCUCAGACAUUACUUCUAAUGUUUUGACAGAAACAGUUGGCAGUGGCUUAUCAUUACAGGUGGAGGGAAGAUGUAUACACUGCCCCCUGUGUUUAGGAAUUAUCAUAACAAAAAACAGGUCUGCUACAAUGAAAGUCAGCAAAGACAUAAUUCCAGAAGUGGCAAAAUUUCAUAAUACAAACUAUUGCACAAGCUGUUUUUCUUCUGGUGAUCAAGGGAUUUGUGAGUGUAAAUGUUUUUGUAACCUCACAAAAUGUCUGCUGCCAAGUGUGAAGACUGACCUGGUCAUAGCUGUUUGCCUUAUCAGAGCCAGAUUGCUUUUGCAAAGUGUACAGACCGCUGUUGCCUCAUUUGGAAAAGAGAAACACAAGGAACUUUUGGUAGAGAUAUGUCAGAAAUUGAAAUCAUUAGAUGUUUCACAGGAACAAAUGGAUUAUGCAGUGAAAUUCCUAAGCCAGGAUGUGUACAAGAAAGAGAAAGAGGAGUGUAAACCCCUAGAAGACAGUAAACAGUCCAUUCUGAUCUUAGAUACAGAUCCAAUACAGUGUGCAAGGGACUUCAACCACACUUGGUUUUUAUGGCUCAAACAGAAAUGAACAUUGGCAGUCUAGUUUUACUUGAAGUAAAUGAGGUGUGGUAUUCUUUGACCUUGUGCUUAUUAAUACCACUCUAGCAGUUCAGUUAUUAGAAGUGUUAUAGGGCUCAAACUAUGUCAGAAAAUGUGUAUGAUGAAGGCACAUUGAUAUGUACUUUCUACACUUUAGUUAAAGUUAUUUCUUCCUUCUAUUGGACUUAAAGAUACUUGGGAAUUAACUGUUGAAAUUUUAACAGUGAUGGAUAUUUUUAUUGGAAAUUUUUAUCACUUAAUUUGAUCUAGUGGUAUAUUGCCUGAUUUACAAGCCAAAAAUGUGAUAUCAAUAAUAUAUAAGCUGCUUUGCAUAAGACUGAUUGAAACUGUUAUUUUUCGUGUAUUCAGAUAUUGUAAAAAUCGGACUCGUACUUCAGUCCAUUCUCACAUACCCUCACGCAUCGUGACUUACCUAAUCAAUAUAACAAGAUGGUAAGAAUUUAAAAAAUUUAAAUUAUUUUUGAGGCAAAACUUGACUAAGAAGUGCUUCUGGUAUACCUGCACAUUUGAAAAUGUCACAGUGCUUGAAAUAUCUAUUUGCUCAUUCAUAACUGUCUCAGACAAGGAACUGUUUCUUUGGGAAUACUGCCAAACCUGUUUCCAUAGAUGUGACAUUUUUUUCUUUUUUUUUUUGGUUUUGAUCUUUGAUCUUUUUCUCCUUUCAUGCGAGGCGUCUUAGCCGGUACUUUGUCAAAAAUCAAUGGCAAAAUGAUAAAAAAUUUAGAGUAAAUGUAGUCAACUAGUAUCUGAUUAAUGUGUUAGCACAGCCAUUAAAGCAUCUCCCUUUUUGUAAAUGAAAUCAUUAUAAGUUUGCUGCGUUUAGUUAACCACUUUAGUGUACACAAUGUCUUAAUCUAAAUUGCCAGCCACUUGAGCUAACUCAAGAUAAUUCCUUGCUCAGGGUUGAGUACAGACUAAUGGAAUUAGACUAUUUGAUAAUUUGUAAAAAGAAAAUACAAUAACUAAUUUCUUCAUCCAUGUGUACUGUGAACUCGUCCUCAUACUCUUCAUCUCCUCUCUUCUCAUGCAGGUGAGUGUAGAACACUUCCAACCUGUCCUCUAGGUUUUUGGGGAAUACUUGGCUUUCCAAAGUCUUUGCUCUUAAAGACGGU